UUAUAGUUGCUAGAACGGGAAAUCACGAGAUUAAAAUAUUUGAAUGGAAGACAAAGCGGGAAGGUUGAACCCCAACUUCAAGCCAAGCUGAAUAAUGAGGUAGAAAUUGAACUAGUGUAUUCAAGAGGCAAAUUAUAUAGACGACAAAGAUGAAGUCCACCAAAUCCUUAGCACGGCAGCUUGGUAUCAUCAAGAAGCACCUCAGGCAUGCUGACCACAGCAACACCACUCCCAGGGUCACUCCCCAGGCCUUCAGCUACCUGGUGGUUAUUGACUUUGAGGCGACCUGUUGGAAGAAUGGGGAGGGUCCGGUAGGGACACAGUCUGAGGUGAUUGAGUUUCCAGCGGUCCUUCUCAAUACAGCCACAGGAGAGAUAGAGGCAGAAUUCCACAGGUAUGUUCAGCCUCAGGAACAUCCAUACUUGAGUAAUUUCUGUACAGAACUGACUGGAAUAACCCAGGACCAAGUUGACCAUGGCAUUCCUCUCCACAUCUGCUUGGCUCAGUUCGGCAGGUGGCUAACCAGUGUCCAAACAGACAAAUCUGUCCACUUUGUGACGGGAAAAACAGUUGGGAAGAAUACAGCAAACAAAUGGGGCACUUUUGUUACCUGGUCUGACUGGGAUCUAGGCAUCUGCCUCCUGUAUGAAUGUCGCCGGAAGGGCAUCUCGAAACCAAGCGCUUUAAACUGUUGGUUAGAUCUGAGGGCUACUUAUAAGAAGUUCUACGGUCGUAAGCCAAAUGGAUUGAAAGGGGCUCUCAGAGACUUGGGGAUAGAGUUUGAGGGAAGGGAGCAUUCCGGGAUUGAAGAUGCAAGAAACACGGCUAAGCUGGCCUGGAGAAUGAUGGGUGAUGGCUGUGUGAUGCAGGUCACCAAAAGUCUGGUUGGUCCGACUCCUCAACUUAAGGUAACCAAUCAGGUAAUAACAAGUCCUCAGGCCAUGCAGGGUCUUCGAACAACUUCAAAAUCAGUCAACAACAGUCCAUCUGUGCAACAAAGGAAUGUAAAAAGCUUACCUACAUCAAUGUUGCAAGAGGAAGGUGUUGUAGUAAAACGAACAAAUGGGAUGAACUUGCCAAAGGACAACGGAAAUCCCCUUCUAAACAGCUCAUCGAUCCAUGAUGCAUCAUCAACAUUCUCUGAUUCAGUGACGAGAACCAGCUCCAGAAACCAUUCCAUUGGCAAUCAACACCUUCCACCCCAAAGUACCAGUAGUAUGAAGAAGGCAUGUGCGACAGGCAGCAAGUAUACAGCAUACAAGGGGAAGACUACUAACAUGUCAGCCCCCAGAGGUAAGGUGUUUGCUCAGCCGCUGUCAAGCACAAGGCAAGGUGCUCAAGUUUACACAUCACCAGCAUCUGUACAGGUUCAAGCAUCCACCACAAAGUCUACUGCCUUGCUGGCAAACCUUGGGAAGGUAGGUGUGAAAUUUGCUCCAACUCUCAGCAACCAUGUACCUCACACAGUAACAAAUGAUACAGGUGACAAAAAGGAGUGUCUCAACUUUGGACCUUGCCAUCCCAACACUGCAGGACAAUGCGAUCCACUGACAACGCAGUGUCAUCAUCACAGCAGGCCUAACAACAAGGGUGCAGACAUGACAGCAAGGGGACAACCUCCAGCAAACAAUUGGAAGAGUCCUUCAACUGAAGUAGAGGGGUCAAAUGCAGAAGGCACUCUUGGGAACCGUAAUACAGCUAGUAUGUUUACAACUCCAAAACAGGUACAUAUGAAAGACAACAGGCAGUCAGUAAGACCCUCCAGUUCUAAGACUCAUUCAGUGGCAAGCACUGGAAGAAACCCUUUAGUAAUUCGCACCAGUAGGAUCACGCCCCCAUUUUGCACGUGCGGUCGGCGUGCCAAACGGAGGAGUGUAGUGAACCCGGGACCCAACCUCGGUAGGCAGUUUUGGGUCUGUGGGACAGGAAGGAGGGACAGCGCAAAAAGUUGUAACUUUUUUAAAUGGGAAACUCUGUACAGUUCAAGAGGGAACUUGAAUGGAAGCAUGCACUGUAAUACAGAUAUAUGCUCCACUGGAAAUAGAAAUAGGCAAACAUUUCCACAUGGGCCCUCUAUAGAGCCACCAUUGCCACGUAUGAACCUAGAUGAUGCCUAAUGAAUAUUACAAUGUAGUAUUUAGUAGCAGCUGGCAACAAUGGAGAGUUUCCAUACUUUUCAACAAUAACUGUCAUUUGGCAGUAGUAAUAAUUAUGUUAAUUUAAACUUUUAAAGAUACUUAAACAUUAUUUAUUUUUAUCCUAGUGCUCUUUUAAUUGUUUCAAUAAAAAUGUAAUACUGCAUCUUCAUUUUGAAUUCACAAGACAGUUUAAUGGUUGUUCCAUCUUUUAUAUAAGAAUAUUGUACUAGACUACUACUAGUACACAUAUGAGAAGGGACAAGAUUUCAUUUCUGUAUCAAGAAAAUAGUGCAUUAUUAUAUGCAACAAUCAUUAGGUUGAAGGAAUAAAUUAAACGUACACUUGAA